GUUUGACGAAUCCCAUUCUAGAAGCGCGCCGGCAAUUUCUUCGCUGCUUCCACAUCUCGGUCCACGCCAAAAGCAUAAAUCCAAAGCCGCAUCAGCAGCGGAGGCGCAGCCAAGUUCCCACUUCGCGGCGUUGUGGAUCCAGGUACGGACAAAAGGGCGCCCUUUUUGCCCCCCAAAAGCUAGCUAGUUGAUCCGGUGGUUCGGAUGCCCAAAUUGGCCUGAUCGUUUGACUGCGGCGAGGGAUGUCGUAACUCGGAAGAGCCUGAUCGAUGCAGGUCCGAGCGGCGGCUGCGCACGGUGGCCUGGGCGCGAUCGUGGAGGAGACGGCUAUGGAAGAGGAGGAGAAGGUGUACGUGGCAGUGGCGAAGGAAGCGAAGGAGGGGAAAUCCAUCGUGGCGUGGCUGCUGCAGAACACCUCCGAGAACAGGACGAUCGUUGUCCUGCACAUCCAUCGCCCGUCGCAGAGGAUUCCUACAGCAUUGGGUUGGAUUCCUCCGAGCCAGAUGGAGGAGCAAGAGGUCGCAGCUUAUAGACGCAUCGAGAGAGAAAACAUACAGCAAAUCUUGGAUGAGUACGUCAACUUGUGUUCACGAGUAAAGAAAGCCGAGAAACUUGUGAUCGAGAAGGAAGAUGUUGCGAAAGGACUAAUUGAGCUCAUUGCUUCCCAUGGAAUCACCAAAUUUGUAAUGGGAGCAGCUGCUGAGAAAAACUACAAAAGGAAAAUGAAGGCCCUGCGGUCGGAGAAGGCUCUUUCCGUGCAGCGUCAUGCUCAUCCUUCAUGCAAGAUUUGGUUCGUUUGCAAAGGGAAUCUAAUAUGCACCAGGGAAUCUUCUGUUGAUGGAUCCUUUGCAGCUCAGUCAUCCACGGCAAGCCCCACUUCCAACUCUAGCCAACAUGAAAUCCAUAGAUCAAUAUCUGCACCUACUGCUCAUACUAUUGCACCAGCAAAACAAGACAGAGUUACUCAAAGAUCUUACUCUGAUAAUACUGUCCCUCACCGAGAUGUGACAAUGGCAACUUGGUCAAACAAAGAACUAGCAAGAAUAUCAACUUCGGAGAACAUAGAAAGUGAAGAACUAGAAAGAUCAUCGGCAUCAACCUGCGAGAGCAAAAGAAGUAAAGAACUAGCAAGAUCAUCAACGUCAGAGAGUAGAGGAAGUAGUGUUUUUGAUCCUUGGGAUAUGGUUUCAAGGGCUUCAGACCUGUCUGUUCUCGAUGAAGAGGAGAGCAAAAUGGCUUCUUUGUCAAUAAUGCAAAAGGAUGAAGAUAGUGACGAUUUAUCAAUAAUUUUACAGGCAAAGCCUAAGCCUGAAAAGUAUAAUCAACUGCAAUCUCCACAAUAUGACCAGCAGGAAAAUCUCAGUGUUGAUGAUGCCCUGUACAAACGGCUGGAAACUGCUUUCAAUGAAUUGGAAAACUCAAGACGUGAAGCUUAUGAAGAGUUUCACAAACGCCAGAUGGCUGAAAAAUAUCUAAACGAGGCUAUAAAGAAGAUCAAAGUAGUUGAAUAUCUCUACAAUAAAGAGUUCAAACAAAGGAAAGACACUGAAGAAACCAUAGCAAAAGACCAAGCGGAACUAUUGGCACUAAAGAAACAGCGAGAUGAGGUCCAUGAAAAACUCAGCAAAGGGCAUCAGAAGAUAUCAGCAUUGGAACUCCAGAACUCUGAUUCAGACCGAGCUCUCAAGAAUAUUAAGGAGAAACUGUCUGAGGCAUAUAAUCACCUUGAGUCAAUCCGACAAAGGCAUGAAGUUUUGCAGUAUAGGCAUGAUAAUGCAAUGGGAGAAAAUGAAGAGCUAAAUCGAAUAAAAGAGGAAGCAACAUCCAGCAGUAAUGCAGCAGAUGGCUUCACAGAAUUUUCCCUUUUAGAAUUAGAGCAAGCCACUGAAAACUUCAAGGAAGAAUUAAAGAUCGGUGAAGGUGGAUAUGGAUGCGUAUACAAAGGUUUUUUACGCCAUACGACGGUAGCCAUAAAGAGAUUGAAUCCGCAAGGUAUGCAAGGAAAAACUGAAUUUCAACGAGAGAUGAACGUUUUAAGUAAAGUGAGACAUCCAAACAUUGUGACUCUCAUAGGAGUAUGUCCAGAAGCUUGGACUCUUGUCUAUGAGUUUCUUCCCAAUGGGAGCUUGGAAGACCACCUUAAGUGUAAGCAAAAUACUCCUCCGCUUACCUGGCAAGCCCGCACUCACAUUGCAGCUGAGAUAUGCACAGCUCUCAUCUUCCUCCAUUCGUGUAAACCUCUCAGUGUGGUUCAUGGUGAUCUUAAGCCUGCAAACAUUCUUCUAGAUGAAAACCUUGUAAGCAAGCUUGGAGACUUUGGCAUUUCUCGCUUGCUAGUCCAAUCCAUCGAAAGCACCACCCUGUAUCAUUGCACACGCCAACCAAAGGGAACAUUUGCAUAUGUUGAUCCUGAAUUGCUCUCAUCAGGGUCCAUAACUAUAAAAUCUGAUAUGUACUCUUUUGGAAUUAUCAUACUGCAACUUCUGGCAGGAAGGCUUGCAUUUGGAAUAAACAAAGCAGUAAAAGAGGCAUUGGAUAAAAGGCGUCUGCAUGAGAUACUUGAUGCUUCAGCAGGCGAUUGGCCUUAUGUUCAGGCUGAGAAGUUGGCGAAACUAGGAUUGAAAUGUUGUGGAAUGAACAGGACCCGUCCAGAUGCAACAGAGGCAUGGAAAGUGCUCAAGCCUUUGAUAAAGUCCAUCUCGAUGUCAAGUUUAUCUUCAUCAUUUAGAUUAGCUACAGAGGACACCCCUCUCAUUCCAUCCUACUUCAUCUGUCCAAUAUUAAAGGAGCUUAUGAAGGAUCCACAGAUUGCAGCAGAUGGUUUCACGUACGAAGCUGAAGCAAUUCGGGAAUGGCUUGACAGUGGCCGUGACACAUCGCCCAUGACCAAUCUUAAGCUCUCCCACCUUGAAUUAAUCCCUAACCAUGCUCUUCGUCAUGCAAUUCAAGGUUGGCUUCAACAGAAAAAACUAACAUUGCUCCAGGAGUAAACACGACAGGCUGGAUUAACUCCGUAAUAUAGGAGACAUUUGAAGAGGUAGAAAAGAAGUUCCAACAGAUUAAGGAGACAAAUUUUUCAUCAUCAUAUCAUUCCGGUGGGAGCUACAUAUUAGGGAAUUUUCAAUUUCUGACGCCACGUACCUGCCUAAACUGGUGUGUCUGAAGCUAGAGUUUCAUCCCCCAGGGGCGAGGAGCACGGAGAGUUCACCGACGGCGAAGAGACGAGAUCUGGCGGUGGUACAGGCGGCGGAGGAA